AUGGCCCUCCCUCGCUUGGAAGUGCUUGCAUUCCUGGGUGCUUUGUUGCUCCAGGGUGCCUACGUGCUGUUCUAUGACGCCUUUAAGAGCUACGUGUAUUCUGGGGAUUCCAACAACACGGGCUCAGUAAUUGAAGCUCUCGACGAGCGAGUGGUUGAAGUGCGGGAGUUUCUGUCUGCUGAUUGUGACGGGCCACCUGCGCGUUUGUGGCAUGUCGUGCCCACCCCUGGUCCUGCGCAGUGUCUGGCCCUGCGACCUCAAAUGCAGAAGCCAGGGAAGAAAAGAGGAGAACCGGAAUCCGCUUCGCCCCUGUUGUAUGGGCGCGUUUCAUGCGACAUGCUACGCCAUGCAGAUGGAGGCUUCGUAGACAUAUGCUCUGACGAAGACUGCAGUGAAGAGGGCUGCCAAAGAAUAUCGAUCGUGCCGGAGGGAGAGUGUGGCUCGAGCUUUACUGGAUUUGCCGGGGCAUCCUGGCGGUGCAUCCAAAGCUCGGACAUGCCGAAGUGA